GCAACGCUUCUUGUAGGAAACAGAACUCAGUUGAGCGAAAAAUAGGAGUGUUUUUUCUGCUUUUCGUUUUAAUGGCAUUUUUCAUCUCCAUUCCAAUUGUUUAAUUUUUAGAAUUAAAAAUAAAAUCAGUUAAUAAGUUAAAAAAUAGUUAAGAAGUAAAAUUAUAAAGUAAUUACUUGCGGUAUAUGGUACACGAAUUUAGUUAAAUAAAAUACGGCUCCUAAUUGGAAUUUUUCAUGAGCUAUGUAGUGCAACGUCAAGAAAACGAAUACCGAGGCAAAGAAAAUAGUCUGAAUUUUCCUAAACAUCCCCCAAAUAAAUUACACACAAUAUAAAGUUAUAUGCAACACCAUAACGAAAAAACUUAACUAUUACUAGUUCUUGACUCCUAUUAUUUGUAUAAAAAAAAUUUAAUUGCAAAAAUAGCUCAGAUCAAAAAGUUAUCAGGCGGAUUGCACUCGCCUACAAGAGUGUGUGUUUGCGUUGUUGACCGCUGUGUUGGCGGUGUUUGCAAUGGAAAACGAAUCUGUUAAGUCAGAACACAGCGGACGAUCUAGACGUUCUCGCAAUCACAAUAAUAAUAACAGCUCUAGCACUGGUGGUGGUGGUUUAGGUAAUAACGGCGGAGGUGGCACUGUAAACAACGGUUAUCAUCGAGAUCGUACAAGGCAUUCACAUCGUAGUGGACAUACAAAAUCAAGUGGUAAGCACCAACGUGGCGAUAUGGCACCGUUCCAAACGAGCGUAAAUAUGACAGGUGAAGAAAAUCGCGAUGGUCAAGAAAUAAUCGAGGUACAAAUACUACCACAAGACGAAAACUGGGGUGAGAAUACAACAGCAGUCACUGGCAAUACAUCAGAACAAAGCAUAUCUAUGGAAGACAUUAAUAAUGCAUGGCAUAGAGAGAACGACACAAGUUUUGGAUUUGCUUGUCGGCGACGUUUGGAAUCUGCCUUUUCACUCCUACUUGGGUUUGUAUCAUUCUUCUCGCCAGUAGCCAUGGUGGUAAUGCCACGCAUGGGUUUCUUUCCAUCUGCGUUCGAUCACGCCGAACUCACACAAACGGUGCGCACACAACUCUUAGCAUGCAGUAGCGAAUGUAAAGGCUUGCUGGUGUCACUAACUGCACGACUCAUACUACUGGCAAUAGGCUUGUGGGCGCUCUUUAUGCGUCGCUCAGCCGCCACUAUGCCAAGAAUAUAUCUGUAUCGUGCCAUUGUGCUAUUACUUGUCACCAUUUGCACAUUUGCUUAUUGGCUGUUCUAUAUGGUGCAGGUCACUAAUGGCGCCAAAGUGGUGGUGGAAACCGGUGGUGAUGCAGUUAAUUACAAAUCGUUAGUUGCCUAUGCAACAAAUUUGGUAGAUACCCUGCUCUUCAUACACUAUAUUGCUGUAGUUUUACUCGAACUACGGCAUCAACAACCUAUGUAUUAUGUCAAGAUUAUACGUUCACCAGAUGGUACAUCCCGCUCUUAUAUGCUAGGUCAAUUGAGUAUACAGCGUGCAGCUAUUUGGGUACUUCAACGAUAUUACGUGGACUUUCCGAUAUUUAAUCCGUAUCUAGAGCGCAUACCGAUUUCGAAAUCACAACGGAAUAAAAUCUCAACUAGUUUUAAAUACUACGAGGUGGAUGGGGUUAAUAAUGCACAACAGCAGAGUCAAAGUCGUGCCGUAUUAGCGGCCAAUGCGCGGCGACGUGAUUCAUCACAUAAUGAACGCUUCUAUGAGGAACACGAAUAUGAACGCCGUGUCAAAAAGCGGCGUGCGCGGCUUAUCACAGCUGCAGAGGAGGCCUUUACGCAUAUCAAACGCAUACACAAUGAACCCGCACCAGCAGUGCCACUUGACCCACAAGAAGCGGCGCAAGCCGUAUUUCCAUCUAUGGCACGCGCCCUACAAAAAUAUUUACGCGUCACACGACAACAGCCACGACACACGUUCGAAAGUAUAUUAAAGCACUUAGCGCAUUGUCUCAAGCACGAUCUAUCGCCACGAGCAUUCCUCGAACCAUAUCUAACGGAAUCGCCAGUAUUGCAAAGUGAAAAGGAACGCCGUUGGGUACAAUCGUGGUCGUUAAUUUGUGAUGAACUUGUAUCACGACCAAUCUCAAACGAGUGUACAUUCCAACUGAUACAAAACGAUGUCUCACUCUUGGUCUCCAUACACAAACUGCCGCAUUUUAAUAUUGCUGAAGAGGUUGUCGAUCCAAAAAGCAAUAAAUUUGUACUGAAAUUAAACUCUGAAACAUCGGUAUGACAGCAAACGACUGCAAAUAUGACACCGACACCGACGCACAGCAAUGUAACGCAAUCCUCAUAUUUACACAUGUUUGUAUAGGUGCCAAUCUUAAUCUCAUUCGGUCUAGUACGCAUUCAUACUGUCUACUCGUACAUACAUACAUAUAUUAAAAAUCCUCAAUAACUUUUUUGUUAUUGUUGGUAGCUAAACAUUUUCGAAAUGCUCACUAUUCCCAGUGUAUCCUAAUCAUUGACACGCACACAUAUCAAAUAAGUAAUAUCAACGCUGUUCUAUGUAUAAUCCUAUCGUAUUUCCGAAGUAUUAAUAGUGACAGCCAAAAAGUAAUAAUUCAUUAAUUUUAAAAAUCUCACUUUGGGUGUAAGUAAUAGGGGUUUUAAAUAGCUUUUUUAAGAAAUGUAGAAAUAGAAACAGAAAGAAAAUGGAGAGUUUUAAAAUAUUUCUAAUUUUUUUUCUUUAUUUAUAAAGCUAAAAGUGUGCAGAUGCCGCCGACAUAUUUUAUCAAAAUAAACUGUAGUGCAUAAAAAGUAGGCCUUAAGACGUCUUGAGACCUACACAUUUAGCUCUAUCUUGAUUUUACUUUAUUGUUUUUUUUUUCGUACACAAAUUUUUAAUUUUCUUUGCGUUUUUAAUUCUAUAAUUUUUAAUUAAUUAAUAGAUAAGCACUCAAAAGCAAAAUAUAAUAUUUAGAUAAUAUAGUGUAUAUGAAAUAAGAAUGUAGUUGUAACUUUUUUAAUUCUCACUAUUUACACAUACAUAGAUAAAUGUUUUGACAAUUAUGAUAUGCUUACCAAAAUCUGAAACAAUUGUAGUUAAAUUAUAAUUACAUAAAAAGUCUCCUUUAAUGUAAACACAUCGCAAAGUUCUCUACAUAAUCGACUAAGAAAAAUAAUCUGCAAUUUAACUACAAAAAACAAUCUCCCUUUAACAACUUAAAACUAAAAAUAAAAUCAUAACUCGGUAUAUUUAAGAGUUACUAACAGGAAAUGCUGACAAAUAAAUCAUAUAUUGUUGGAGACUGCCCAACUGCCAGUUUUAUACGCCUACAAACAUUCAUUGACUACGCAUAAAUAACAGAAUUAAGUAUUUUACACUCGAAAGCAUUUACUAAUUAAUGAUAAAUUGUAUUACUAAAAACAACAAACAAUUUCUAGUUAAGCAUAAAAAAUAUUCUAAUGUAAGGGACAAAGAUCAUACAUUUUUUAUACGGAUACUUCAAGAAACAAACAAAAUAAACAUACGCAAUAUAUGUAUGCAUGCUAGUUUAGGCAUUAUUUUAUAAUGCAUUUACUAUAUAAACGUGUAUGUACUUGCAUACCAACAUAGAUUUGAACAUAUUUGUAAGCUUUCAAAUAUUUAUAGUGCGAAUUUUCCUACUUAUUUCUAGCUAAUUACUUAUUUUUCAUUUUAAGAAGCUCUUUUUAUUUUUAAUGCGGAUUGUUGCAAACAUACUCGUAACACAAAUAUAUACACAUAUUUAUUUAUUAGUAAUUAUCUAGUUAAGCUUAAAAUUAUUAAAUAUUAUAUGGCUGAUUAAAAACACUAUGUGCUAAGGCUCCCUCCCAUAUUCACAAACUGUGCGCCUGUAUUAUCGGUUUGCGUUGUGCAACCGACCUAUUUUUAUUUAUAUUUAAUUUCGCGUAAAUACUCAUAUUGCGUUACAAUGGCCUGCGGAUCGCUCUUUUUUAUAUCAAUAAAAAUUAUUUAACAAAUAAUAAAUGAAAAUUUAA